UUCAUUCCAAAGAGUUCCGCUAGAAAGCAAACGUGUGCGUCCGUGCACCGUUUCGUCCUUUUUGUGCAUAGUACGUGCGUGCGUGUGUGUUCCGUAUCAAUUGUGAUCGAAGAUCAUUUUCGGCAAAUCGUACGAGUGACCAACAGCAACCGCUCGUCGUCAGAGGUAAGGCCACGGCAACGGUGAUCCACGAGACGGAAGUGACGGAAGGCGGCGUGAUCGGGGUUUGAUUUCGACGACAGACAGCAGCAGAUCGUCCAGGAUGGGUAAGGAGAAGACUCAUAUUAACAUCGUCGUCAUCGGGCACGUCGAUUCGGGCAAGUCGACCACGACCGGACACCUGAUCUACAAGUGCGGUGGCAUCGACAAGCGCACGAUCGAGAAGUUCGAGAAGGAGGCCCAGGAGAUGGGCAAGGGCUCCUUCAAGUACGCCUGGGUGCUGGACAAGCUGAAGGCGGAGCGCGAGCGCGGCAUCACGAUCGACAUCGCGCUGUGGAAGUUCGAAACGGCCAAGUACUACGUGACGAUCAUCGACGCGCCCGGCCAUCGGGACUUCAUCAAGAACAUGAUCACCGGUACGUCGCAGGCCGACUGUGCCGUGCUGAUCGUGGCCGCCGGUACCGGCGAGUUCGAGGCCGGCAUCUCCAAGAACGGCCAGACGCGCGAGCACGCCCUGCUGGCGUUCACGCUCGGCGUCAAGCAGCUGAUCGUCGGCGUGAACAAGAUGGACUCGACCGACCCGCCGUACCACGAGGCCCGCUACGAGGAAAUCAAGAAGGAGGUGUCGUCGUACAUCAAGAAGAUCGGCUACAACCCGGCCUCGGUGGCGUUCGUGCCGAUCUCGGGCUGGCACGGUGACAACAUGCUCGAACCGUCCGACAAGAUGCCGUGGUUCAAGGGAUGGGCGGUCGAGCGGAAGGAGGGCAAGGCCGAGGGCAAGACGCUCAUCGAGGCACUGGACAACAUUCUGCCGCCGUCGCGUCCGACCGACAAGCCGCUGCGCCUGCCGCUGCAGGAUGUCUACAAGAUCGGCGGUAUCGGAACGGUACCGGUCGGUCGUGUGGAAACCGGUGUCCUGAAGCCAGGAAUGGUGGUCGUUUUCGCCCCGGUCAACAUCACCACCGAGGUGAAGUCCGUGGAGAUGCACCACGAGGCGCUGUCGGAAGCCCUGCCCGGAGACAACGUGGGCUUCAACGUGAAGAACGUGUCGGUGAAGGAGCUGCGCCGCGGCUACGUGGCCGGCGACUCGAAGGCGAGCCCACCGAAGGGUGCCGCCGACUUCACCGCCCAGGUUAUCGUGUUGAACCACCCGGGACAGAUUGCGAACGGCUACACGCCGGUGCUCGAUUGCCACACCGCUCACAUCGCGUGCAAGUUUGCCGAAAUCAAGGAGAAGUGCGACCGCCGCUCGGGCAAGGUGACGGAGGAGAACCCGAAGUCGAUCAAGUCCGGCGACGCUGCCAUCGUCAACCUGGUGCCAAGCAAGCCGCUGUGCGUCGAAAGCUUCCAGGAGUUCCCGCCGCUCGGCCGGUUCGCCGUGCGCGACAUGCGUCAAACGGUGGCGGUCGGUGUCAUCAAGUCGGUCAACUUUAAGGAGGCAUCCGGCGGUAAAGUAACGAAGGCCGCCGAGAAGGCCCAGAAGAAGAAAUAACUAGAGACGCACCAACACCCGUCACUAGUCGUAGAGGAGAAGGAGUCAGCUGAAGAAGAAGAAGAAGAGGAGACAGAAGCAGUAGUAAUAGAAGGAGAGGCAAGAGAAGCAGUACUACCAACAGCAGCACCGGAACACGAUCCAACCCAAUGCUCUACAUUAUUGAAACACAAUGACGAUGACGAUGCGGGCGCUGAUGAUGAUGAUGAAGAUACCGUGGCAAUGAUGGGGUACGACGGCGCAAACGGACUGCUCCCUGCUCGGAGAGUUCCACGCUCCACCGCGGCCGUUGUGGUGCAGCCCGGAACAAAUCAUUCAUUAUCCUUAUUAUUAUUAUUACAUAAUAAUCUAAGAAUUAAUAUUAACGAAAAACUACCACUUAACAAUGCUACUACUGAUAACACUUAUAAUUGUAAUAAUUUAAAACAACAACACUCAUCGUCAACAUUUCGACGUAGCACCGACGGGAUGGCGGCGACGAUCGCUUGCCCGACCACCGGCUACAUUUCUUCCCCGCAACAACCAUCGCCCUCGCUGGCGCUCUCUUCAUCGGUGACUAACUUAUUUUACCAUCACCAUCGCAAAGCAUUUCGAAGGAAAGCACAUGGCGCCGACGCCGCCGGCCCGUACCCUCCGGCUGCUGAAUCCCUCCUGGGACCGGGGGAAAUCGCACUGAGUGCCAUCGCUAACGCCGUCAUCUUCUGCAUCGGUCUCAUCAUCGUUGUUGCACCGAACAUCGGGUGCCAAGCCACCGCCAAAGUAGAGCGAAGCCCGCUUCUUCUGACCUAUGCGCCACCGCCACCGAAGGCAGGAUGCUGAUGCACCACAGUACUAGUAUAUAACAACCGCUGCUGCUACUGCUGGAAGCCACACAGAUUGUCCCGGGAUUCGAGAAUACUCACGGCAGGCAGGAUGAACGCAGACAACCUUCCAACGACGACGGAGGCGGCAGCGCAACGGCAUGGCCAUUUGUUUCAAUCACUUCGUUAGUAGACGUUCCGUGCUCUGGCAAUGACAAGCCCCCGCCCACAAAAGACUCAUCGAACAACAGACACAGGAUACAGGAUCAGGAUCCACGCAGGAUUGAACGAUUGAAUCGCUGAACAAGAAAAUGAAAAAAGACCAUUUAUUAUGAUCCUUACCGGUUGUGUUUUAAUUUCCGCGCACGCCCUCGAUGGGUUCCCUGUCCCACUUUGGUUAGCAUAGAUUUUCCUUACUUUUGCUCCUUUUGGCUGUGUGGAAAGGUUGGCGCGUUGGUUACCUUCACUUGAGUUCGCUUUUCCCGCGCGCUGCAAACCGUUUCUCGGCGAUUCAACAUCAUUUUGUCCGUUAAAUUGAUGCCGGCACGUUCCUGCAAAACCGCUCCCGCCCGUCGUGGCGAGCAUCAGUGGACAGCAUAGGGGGAUUUUCAGCAAAGGCACGCAAAGGCAUCUAUCGCGGCAGCAACCACGCAUCCAACAACGCCGGGUGGCGCCACAGGCUGAUUGGUAGAGCCGAGAUGGGAUGCAAACCAAUUGGAAAACCUAAAACCUGAAGUUAGUCUGCGUGUGUGAAACUAAGUGUAACCAACUUGCAACACCCGGGAAACGGGACAUUACAACUAUCAAUAAAUUUCAAGAAGAAGGCUUG